CGACGAAGCUGCUUCUAUGAGCUGUAUCACUUACACUGUGAGCUGCUGUAGCCUUUCGUUUAGUUCUUUCUGUCCAACAGACAUGAAGAGUGCUGUUCACCAGAUCUUCUUAACCAGUGACCCAAACAUCCCAUACUUCCUGAGGAUAGACUGGUCAGGUGACCUUGGUGCUGGCUUUACACUUGUUUUGACCAAUGGCUGUGCAGCCUGGAUUGGGGAAGUUUCAGAGGAAGAGGUGACAAAAGGUGCCAGUGACACUGGAAUGUCCAGGGAAAGAUAUGUCGAAGAGCUCCAUCAGGCCUUAAUCCCAGAUAAAAAAGAAAGAAGAUCCGGAGAAAAGAAGUAUUCAUUCCAACUCUCUUCAGAUCAAUUAACGUAUCAGAAGAUGUCUGACAGUGUCUUGGUAAUGUUGGGCUCUGUGGAGCUUCAGCCAGCACCAGACCCCCUGGAGCUAAACCAGGAGAUGAUUGGCCAAACUCUUAAGCACAACUUAGAUCUAGAGGCAACAAACUCCAAGCUUUUGGAGGAGAAUCGUAAACUCCAACAUGAACACAACCAAAUACUUAAGGAGCUGGACAUUCAUGUAAAAAAUAAGAAUGCCCUGGAGAAGCAAAUGUAUUCUCGCUUUGUGAUGGUUCUCAAUGACAAAAAGGCCAAGAUCAGGGAGCUGCAGGAGGAAGUCCGCACCCUGCAACAAACCAGUGACCAGCCCAGCGCCAAAGUGAGGAGGCAAAGUGAUGCAUCUGAUGAUGACAACAGCAGCCUGGACAUAAACCACUUUCAAGAUCCAACUAUUGUUAUCACAGGUCGAAAUCUGGAACGCCAUGGCAUCCCGGUUGACCACAGUUUUUCUUCAUCUGAAGCAAGUCUACAACCAGAUCUACAAUCUUGAGGUAUUAACUCUCUGGUCUGAAUAAUUCACAUAACCACAGGAAACCAUCAACUAGUCCUCUUGAGCCAAAUGUUUAAGUAAAAACAGCUUCUUCAGCCAUGCUUCUGCCAUUAAAA